CAUGGCGUCCGUAGACUACGCAAAAGUUCCUAUUCUGGAGAAAGCUCUUCAUAAGCCGCCUUUGGAGGAAAUUGUCGACGUACUGUCCCGAGCUCUCAAGUCCAACUUCGAGUCGGUGGCCGUGUCGGCGGAGGUCAGCCCUGACCUCACACAGGAGCCCUAUGGCCUCACCUCGCCAGGUCUAUGCGGCAACGAGAAGCUGAUAGAACUCGGCGGGCCCCCGUACCUCGUGCCUCUAGUGCAGCGCGACAAGAUCUACGACCUCGCUGAACUGGCCACACAGCAGCGCCGCGACCCGGCCUUCCUGGCCGGUGCUGGUGCGGGGCCCUGGCCCUACAUCGGGGUUAAUUGUGAGGGUAUAAUCAACCUGUCCGUCCGCAAUGGUUCUGUAGAUCAAGGCACGAGGGUAGUUUCCGUUCACCCUGUGGGGGCAGCCAAGGGCACCAGCGGCUACCAGCAGAGGAGGCUCCCCAACAAUGAAACCAGAACUGCACUCCUGGGCAACUACCUCCUAUCAGAUGGAAGCCCCGGCAAGGUAAUAAAAGUGGUGGCUAAGAAACGUAUUGGUGAAGCCAAUUUCAUCACCGCAAUCCGUGAGGCUCUUAAGCAGCACUACGGGGACAAGGUCGUUGGUCUGGGCGGCAUGUUCCUACUGCGCGCGGGCAAGGUGAAGCACCACGUGAUGCCAGAUUUCUCCAAGAGUCCCCUAUGUUCCGACUCUGACGUGGACAACUGGCUGCACUACUUUGAAAUGCGCGCCCCUAUCAUUCAUUUGGGGACCAUGGUUACCGGGGACUUGGACCUGGACCUGCGCGUGCAGCACUUCCACGGCUGGGGCCCGCACGGCGACGGCGGCCACUACCACUACGACACCACGCCCGACACCGUCGAGUACGAGGGCUACUUCACCGUCGCUGCCAGCGUUGUGCGCAUCGACGCGCCCACCGUCACGCACAACAUGGGCCGCGACUAACAUAAUAUCACAC